AUGCUAUUAUAUUUCAUCAUAAUCACAAGUUCCUUUGUGGUUAUUAUUCUUAUUUGUAGGCCCAAAUUCAUCCAUAGGACAAGUACCAACGAUGCACUAGUAAAAAGAGUCAUACCAAUGGAUAGUGUUAGUGAUUGUGAAAUGGAUUACAGCGGUAUAACAGUUACUACGCCAGACUUAAAGGAUGCAGCCCUAAAAACUACUCCCAUAUCAAAUUUUAAUGAUAAUUUCUGGAAGGUUAAUGAAAGCGUUGACCAUAGCUUUCACACCAAUUAUACUGGAAUAGAUGAAAACUUCAAUAAUUCAUCCGAGUACAACGAUCUUUGGCGAUAUAACACAGAUAUUAUUCAUAAUCAUUCAAGCUACCAUAAUAGGAAACCAUCUAUUUAUGAAGAUUUGACAGAUGUUGGUGAGCGUUCUCAACCAAGAAAAUCUUGGCCUGAGUCAAAAGCCAUGAAAUAUCCUGUAAAACAGAGUUACAUAAACCAUACAAAUGAAAUAAAAUGGAAGGAAUUUAAAGUUUCACGGUAUGAUCAGCAAGCAAACAGUAAAAAAGAUAUAAUAUCAAAAACAGCAGAUGUUGAACAUGAAACGAGUGCUGGAACUGAGUGCAGUUUGGCAAAAUUAAGGGGUGAAACAACUGGGUUGAACAUGAUGAGCGAAAAUGUAACGAAUAAUGAUGAAAUUAAAGAUACAAGAAAUACGAAAGAUUCAACUUUGGACCAUAAUGUGAAUGUGCAUGCUGAGCAUCACGAUAAUUCUAUUCAAACUGGAAGAGAUAACCCCGAUAUAAACUGUGCUUCACAACCAAUAGGCUUAACUACCAGUGAUUAUGAGCAAGCAUCAGAUUCUAGAAAUGAUGAAAAGAAGGUACGCACUGAGAUUGUAGCAAAUAUCUCCGGUGCUGCGAAUCCAAGAGAAGCGCUAAACACGAAAAACAUUGAAACUACGUUGGGUGUAGAAAAUGUAUUGCAAGCUAAAAACGAAAAAGCGGAAAAAUCUACUAUCAUUGUCAAUAUAGCACCUGCAAACACUGCAAACACGGCAAACACUGAAAACACUGAAAACACUGAAAACACCGAAAACACCGAAAACACCGAAAACACUGAAAACACUGAAAACACUGCAAACACUGCAAACACUGCAAACACCGAAAACACCGAAAACACUGAAAACACUAGUGACACGAAAAAACCCUCACUUAUUGAUCAACCAUCGCUAGACGAACACGGUCACGAUAAAUAUAAGAGUCAACCGAUAGCUUCUGAAGUAGAAAAACCAGUCCAUGUUGAACCAAGUGGACCGGAGGACCGAUCAACAAUUUUAAAGGCAGGAGACCCUAUUGAUGCGAAGAUACCUGAUGGCCAGAAAAGCGGAAUUAGUGAAUAUGCUUGUAUUCCUCAAAAUCAGCUGCCAACACGUAAUUUGAAAGAUAGAAAGCAUUCGAUCAUGCAUAUAUUACGUUCUGAAGGCAAAGAUACGGCGGAGAAAACACUUAAGGAGCAAAUACUCGAAAAAAAGGCUCAGCUGAGAAAAAUAGAACCUAAUCGAUCAUCACAAGGAAAGUAUAAUGAAAACUCUACGAAUGACAUAGUUGAAGCUGCAAAAAAUCUCAUACAUGUGGAAAAGGAAAAAGAAAUAAUGAUCGACAAGAGAAAACCAGCAGAUUAUGGCUUUUGUACCAAGAGAGUAAGGGACGUGGAAACAUCAUCAUCUGAAAAUUGUGAGAAAAUUGGUAUAGAACAAAAUAGUAAUGUAGAAAGUUGCUGCGUGAAAAUGGUUCAUCCAGAUGUCGUUAAAAACGAAAUUCCUAUCUCAUACACCAGCAAUGAGGCGCACACCCAGACCAACGUUAAAAUGUGUGCCAGAGCCGAAGAAAUCUCGAAUAAUGUAGCAGAAGGCAACCACUCGAAUGCAGUAGCCCAGUAUCCAAGUUUAGUGGAAUUUUCUCAGACUUUUUCACCCAAUUCACACGAAGAUCCACUUCAAAAUAAAUAUAAUUUUGCGAAAAAACUUCAAAAGUUUGAGAUCAAUGAUAAACGCAAUGUUUCUACAAAGUCUGACAAAUUACAACCGAUACAUAACAUUCCAGUGUUCAUCUCUAGAAUAAUAUCACCAGAACUAUCGAAUCGCCAUGCUUUAGGUUCGUUAUCUACCAUUAUAGAGGAAUUCGAUGAAUAUGCGGUUAAUAAUCCAUAUUUUCUUGACUUCAUAAAAAACUACCUGAAGUCCAAUCAAGUGCUUGUUGGCCCGCUGGAUACUCUAAAAGUGAAAAAAAUCUUUGUUUACAGAAAAGAAAAAACGUGUGGACCUGUAGACCAAUACAAAUAUAAUGAUAAGAUCAACGAAGAAUGUAAAAAUAAACGAGUCGGAACUUAUAGAGACAAUGCAUACUUGGAAACAAACAAUACAAACGAAAUACAGACUUGGCUUUCUUGAAAUAUGUGUUAGUUAAAAUAUAGUUUUCUCCAAUUCUAUUCGUGAACUACAGUAGCAUUUCUA